UAUUGUAAUGGACGGUAUGUUAAGAUACUUCAUAUAGCCAUAGUAUGUGCUGGUUAUGAGUCAAGUUCUCGUUUGGUAACAUUGUUGAAAAGUUUAUUGUACCAUCGACGAAAUGCGAUCACAUUACAUCUGGUUGUUGAUGAUAUCGCCGCAAAGAUUUUACCUACGCUUUUCCGUACAUGGAGACUGCCAUCAGUUGAAGUUCUUUUCUACGACAGCUCGGCGUUUGUGAAUCGAGUUUCGUGGAUUCCAAAUCGGCAUUACUCAAAAGAAUUCGGUCUUCUUAAACUAACACUGGCAGAUAUAUUGGCGAGUAACGUUAGAAAGGUGGUUGUGCUGGAUACAGAUUUGUUGUUUGUUGAAGAUGUCUCGAAAUUGUGGCAAUAUUGGUCACUGAUCGCAGCGAACUCGUCGCAUAUUUUCGGUUUAGUUGAGAACCUUUCUGACUGGUAUCUAAAUAAUAACAACAACAAUAAGAGUUGGUAUUCUUCGAAUCGUAAACCAUGGCCUGCGUGGGUAAAUGCUUCCUUCAUAUUUCACGUUGAUAUGUUUUUGAAAAUGAUCACGUUGUUUUAUGAUAGUAGAAAUAAUAACGAUGAAAAUAGUAAGUACGUUAAGAAUCGAGGCUUUAAUACGGGUGUUAUGCUGAUGGAUCUCGAAAAAUUAAGACAAAUGAAUUGGACGUAUUUAUGGAAGGAGGUGGCAAACGAGAACUUGAAGGAAUUCGGUGCGACUCAACUUGCUGAUCAAGAUAUAAUCAACGCAGUGAUCAGUAAAAAACCAGAAAUGGUUCAUAAAUUACCAUGUGAAUGGAAUUUUCAAAUGGGUUAUCAGUCGAAACAAAAUUUGUGUGCAGCAAAAAUAUCUGAAUUGAAGGUAGUUCACUGGAAUUCACCGAAGAAAAUACGAACUCAAAAUCCGUACGCGAUAUUUUUUCGUCGACAUUACCAAACUUUCACACAGAUGGAUGGUAAUUUGUUACGUGCUGAUAUGAUACCGUGUUAUAAUGAAUUGAAAUCGUCCGAAAUUCGUUCUUUAUAUGACGAAUAUGAUGAAAAUGAAGAUGGUUGUGCUGAGUUGAGGAAUGCAAGGCAUAUCGUUUAUCGAACACAACUUUUUAUACGAGCAUAUGAAUAUGAGAUGUAUGAUGUGGACGUGACAUUGGUAACACAGCUAUCGAUUGAUCGUUUGCUAUUACUCGAAUCAUUGUUAAGUUAUUGGAAUGGUCCGAUAUCAGUGGCAUUCUAUUUAUCGGAUCUGGAAUUGAUUCAGUUGGCUGAUUACUUCAAUGAAUCGAAUCUUUUUAAUCAUCGUAAAAACGUCGCAAUUCAUGCUGUUUUCAAAGAGGGAAUACAUUAUCCGAUAAAUUACCUUCGAAAUGUUGCGCUGAAUGCUUCAACAACUUCUCACGUCUUUCUAGUCGAUGUUGACUUCUUACCAAUGCCAGGUCUUUAUUGUUUUCAUUUUGAUUAUUUUCAAAUUGUCAUUAUUAUUGUAAUGAUAAAACGUUUAGAUUUGUACAUCUUAUUAAGAGAGCGUUUACUGAAACGAACAACGUACAACCCACGAACUGCAUUUAUAAUUGCGGCGUUUGAGUCUAAAUUAUAUCGUAAUAUAAUUGUACCAAACACAAAAUCAAAUUUGUUGUCAUUCCUCGACAAUGGACAGAUACAAAUAUUUCGACAAGACGUUUGGAAAAAGGGACAUUUCGCAACUGAUUACGAUUUUUGGCGUAAUACCGAUUUCGAAUAUUCGGUAACAUGGAGAACAGACUAUGAGCCGUAUGUGGUAGUGGCACGUAACGAAACACCAUUUUAUGAUACACGUUUUGUGGGAUUUGGCUGGAAUAAAGUAUCGCAUAUCAUGUCAAUGAACGCCAAAGGAUUCGAUUUCAUCGUUCUACCGAAUGUCUUCAUCGUGCAUCAGUCACAUUCAUCAUCGUUCGAAAUCACCAAAUAUCGAACGUCAACUUUGUAUCGGCGUUGUAUGAAAGCACUGAAAGGUGAAUUUGUACGUGAUCUGCUCAAAUCAAGUUCUGUCACUCACCACAAUAUCUCAUAUAUUCACUAA